UACAGUUAAACCAUAAUUGGUCCGUCUUGUUUCUUUGUCACCCAGAAACUUCACAACUGUGUUGUGAGCGGAUUUUCAGCGCUUAUAUGUUUUUAAACUUGUCUUAAAAAUUUGUGGUACUUCUACGUUUCUGCGCUUUUGUAAAUGUAGAUCGUAUGUUUCGUCAUUUGAUUAAAGCGUUUGAAGACUUUGCAGCGCUCUGACACCAAUCGGCCACCGUAGCUUAGCAACCGAAUCAUAACAAUUCUUUUCCGUUUAGAGUUUUCAUUUGAACAUUUAAAGCAGCUCAGACUUGCAGUUUAUCAGCAAGAGAGAAGACGCGAAAGAUGUCCAUCGUGAAAACCACCGUGAAUCUCCAGAGGAUUGACUGGCUGCUGCCGAAAGGUGCAGUCAGUGUGCGGAUCGCCCCGGAAUACAUCCCCGGUCCAGUUGGCCGAGGACAAACCAGUUCCAGUGAUGCUGGCCGUCGGAAGAAGUGCCGCACCAGGCCGCCGGCAGCCAGCUCCCUGACCACGUCUGCCUCUCCUGGAUCUGCUGCCAUCCCGGUGGCAACCAGCAGGGGUCAGCAGGGCACAGGCCGCCGUAGAAAUACGGCGGGAGGCCAGUCAGGGCGAAGAAGGAGGUAUGACCAACAGAAGGGGUUAGAGCCUAAGCCCAGCUCACCAACCUUCUCCUCCUCUUCAUUUUUAUUUCUGUCUUCAGCCCCCUCCCCUUUUGUUUCAUCCCCAUUUCUUUUUAUGGGCUCCUCUGUUUUAUCCCCACACUUAGUCACACCUGUAAGCCCAGCUCCACAUCCAUUUUCAGCUCCAGGCCUGGUUCAUCUGACCCCUCUGCUUCAGGCUCCAGCACAGGCUGUAGCCGCCUCAUCUCACCUGGAAAAAUUCUAUUGGUUGUAUAACUAUUAUGUAACAAAGUACUCUAAAAUGACCUAUGACGCCAAGUGCUUUACUGAGUACUGGUGUCAGGAGUUUUGGAACAGACAUUUAAAUGAAAUUAACUUAGCGAAACAGGGGAAGAAUGAGGAUAAUGAGGGUACUCAUUCAACCAAGAGGCGUAGGAUUGAUGAAGAUGAGUUCAUCUUUCCUAUUGAUGCACUGGAGCAGCUAAGUACCAUGCCCAGGGCUCAGGAGAUGGGUGUGGAAAUGGGCUAUCAGUCAGAUGCACAUAGCUACAUUUCCCUGUAGAUUCAGCACAUAAUUACACGAGAGUUGUCAUACAUACUUAGGAUAAGAUAAAAUACCAUGUAGUUCUAUAGCAUAAGGUACUAUAGGAUAAGAUUAAGAUAGGAUAAGGUUAAGAUUGUAUAUAAUACGAUAGGACAAGUUAAGAUAGUCUUAACUUGUAUGCCAUUUUAUGUUUUACAAAGACAUGAUAAAUUACCAUAAGUUUAGGAUACGAUUAUAUAAGAUAACAUAGUAUAAGAAUAAGAUAGGAUUGCAUAGCAUAAGAUAAGAAAGAUAGGAUAAGAUAACAUAGAAUAAAAUUAAGAUAGGAUAGGUUACGGUAAGCUUAAGAUUGUAUAACAUAGGAUUAGAUUAAUUAUAAAUAAAGCAGUCCUCCUUAGAGGGGGGGUGGUGGAGGGAAUAUUUAAAAAAUAAAAAUAGGGUUAGUUAACAUAAGGUUAAGAUAAGAUUGUAUAACAUAGGAUUAGAUUAAUUAUAAAUAAAGCAGUCCUCCUCAGAGGGGGGGUGGUGGAGGGAAUAUUUAAGAAAUAAAAAUAGGGUUAGUUAACAUAAGGUUAAGAUAAGAUUGUAUAACAUAGGAUUAGAUUAAUUAUAAAUAAA